AUGAGCGUCGAGCAGAAGCUGUAUCUAAUUACAAGAAACCUCCAGGAGAUACUGGGUGAGGAGGAACUGAAGAGGAUUGUUUCUGAAAGAGAGCUAAAUGUCUACUGGGGGACUGCAAUAACCGGAAAGCCUCAUAUAGCAUAUCUGGUCCCCCUGAUGAAGAUAAAGGACUUUGUGGAUGCUGGAUGCAACGUAAAGAUUUUAUUUGCAGAUAUCCACGGGUUUCUGGAUAAUCUCAAGGCACCCAUCGAGAAAGUCCAGCAUAGAUGCGCAUACUACGAGAAGCUAAUCAAGUCUGCGCUGAAGAUGCUGUGCGUCGACCUCGAUAGAAUCCAGUUUGUCAAGGGCAGCGAGUUCCAAAAGUCUGAGAGAUACACAAUGGACCUGUAUCGGAUUCUAUCCAUAACAUCCAAGCACGACGCAAAAAAAGCCGGAGCAGAGGUUGUCAGGCAGGUGGAAAACCCGAUGGUAAGCUCGUUGGUGUAUCCGUCGAUGCAGGCUCUUGACGAGGUGCAUCUGUCUGUGGAUGCACAGUUCGGAGGAGUCGACCAGAGAAAGAUAUUUACAUAUGCUAGGAAAUACCUCCCGCUUCUCAACUACGAGAAGAGAAUACACUUGAUGAGCCCAAUGCUUCCGGGGCUGAACUCAGACAAGAUGAGCAGCUCCGACGACCUUUCGAAGAUUGACCUUAUGGACAGCAAGGAAGCCAUCUGGAGAAAGAUAAGAAAAUGCUUCUGCGAGGAGGGAAACAAGGACAACGGCCUGAUGAUGAUUUUUUCCCACAUUGUCUUCCCCAUCCUUCAGCUCAAGGGAGAGUGUGUUAGAAUUACCGAUAGAGAUGGAAGGGAGAUGGCCUUUGAAAAGUACCAGGAGUUUGAGGAGGAGUUUGUCAGGAAAUCGAUCCAUCCCGGAGACCUCAAGAGUAAUGCAGCACGACUUAUUGAUGAGAUUAUCAGGCCCAUAAGAGAAGAGAUGGAGAAGGACUUGGACAUGGUCAGAGAGGCCUACAAUUAA